UAUUAUUAAAUUAUCUAUAUUUAUUAUUAAAAUUAUUUCAUUAAUAAUAAAAUUUUCGAUAAAAUGUGUCAAGACGAAUACGAUGAAAUUAAAUACAGAAUGAAGGUCGAUGCGUAUCGAAUAUGCUUGUAUAUCUAAUUGAGAUAUAUCGGUUAAUCAUCGAAAGUUAAUAUUUCUGUCAUUAUGGGUAGUGUCCAAGCGCUUAUCAACAAACGCACCGAGAUCUUUGUAACCCCCACCAGUCUAGAAGAUCCGCCAUGUAUUCCCUGCUUCGAGGAAGUGGACAUGAAACCCGGGAAUCCCAGCAGCUUCGAGGAUCUUCACGCAAAAACCAAAGAACUCUACCCACAGAAUUUCGAAGGCGCUUACUUGCUAUUAAAGAAGACCCUAAGUAAGCACUUCAAUGUGACGUAUAAGAUUACCCUAAGUUCUGUAACACCGUACGGUCUCAAGUUUGGCGUGAAUUACAUCGGCACUAAGAGCGUGGGAUUCUCGGAGAAAUACCCGGUCAUCUCGGGCGAAAUUACACCCAAUGGCAAUCUGAGCGCCAGUUUCAUACACACGCUCGGCUGUAGAUACAGAUUCAAACUCGCGACGCAGAUCGCCGACAAGAAAUACAAAGCCUUCAGUUCUGGCCUGGAGUACCGCUCGGAUGAUUGUACGAUAGCGAUGACCUUGGCGAAUCCGGAUCUUACCAAGUUGCAUGGCACAUUGGUGCUGCAUUAUUUACAAGCCGUCACGCCGCGGAUCACUCUCGGCACCGAGAUCGCCUAUCUACGCGGCUCCCUUAUACCGGGCGGUCAACAGACGGUGAUGUGCGCCGCUUUUCGGCAUAGCACUGGUCCUACGACGUUAUCCGCCACAUUAGGCGAGGCAGGCAUUCACGUCUGUUACUAUCGAAAGGCGAGCGAACAGUUGCAGCUUGGCGUCGAAAUCGAGACGAAUACACGCAUUCAUGAAUCCAUCGGCACGAUAGUAUACCGUGUCGAUAUUCCUUAUGCGGACUUCGUCUGCCGAGGAUUCGUUAAUUCGGAAACCAGCCUGGGCGCCGUAUUCGAAAAGAAAUUAUACCCGAUUCCUGAGGCCUCGUUAAUUAUAAGCGGCUUCUUGAAUCACAAGAAGCAACAGUUCCGCGUCGGGAUCGGUCUGAAUGUCGGCUAAC